AUGAGCUACUUCCUGGUGCUGAGUGAGACCUACGGGGGGAAUGUCCUGUCGCGGUACCAGCGGCUACGAAUGGAGGGCCGUCUCUGUGAUGUGGUGCUGGUGGCGGGAGGCGGCACCCACUUCCCCACACAUCGCAGCCUGCUGGCCUCUUCCAGUGACUACUUCUGGUCCCUUUUCCAGGAGCACACUCAUGAGUUCCAGGCCCCAACCAUCUACCUGCCCCUGCUGUCUGAUGUGGGCUUGAGCCACAUCCUGGACUUUAUCUACUCAUCCUGGCUCUCCAUGUCUCCCUCCACCCUGGAGGAUGUGCUGGAGGCUGCUUGCUACCUGCAGGUCACCAGUGCCAUUCAGCUUUGCAGCAGCUACAUCGCUGACAACCUUUCGCCUGACAACUGCUGCUUUUUCGCCAACAUCGCAGCCCGCUACGACAUGGCCGAUGCCCUCUCCGCUGCUAACAGCUUCAUUGCGCAAAGGAUGGGGGAGUUCCUGAAGCCCGGGGGUGGGGACUGGGAGGGGCUCCUGGAGCUGAAUGCGGACUCCCUGCGGGUGGUUCUGAGAGCUGAGGAGAUGCCUGGAGUGCAGGAGCUGGCCCUGCUCUCCCUGCUGCUAGACUGGCUGGACCACCACAAGCUGAGCAGCCUAAGGAGCAACUUGUUGCUAAGCAAUAUCCGUUUUGCCUUGGUACCGCCAGAGGAGCUGACCCUGCUGUGCACCAGCCGCCCUGCACUACAGACUCCCUUCAUAAAGAGCCUGGUCCUUAAGGCGCUGGAGUACCACCAGCUGGGGGCAUGCAAACCUCUGCUGCAGACCACCCACAGCACUCUGCGGACUCAAACCUGCAAGGUGCUACUGGUGGGCGGGGGCCCAGAGGCCGACCGCCCUGAGAGGGAGGUCCUUACCUUCGAUCCCCACUUGAGGAAGUUCCACUCCCUCACCCUGCUUCCAUGCAGGGUCCAGCACCACUGCGUCUGCACGCUGGGCAACUUCCUGUUUGUCCUGGGUGGGGAAGUGGUGGAGGUGGACGAGAGCGAGAAGGUGAUUGGCAGGGUGGUCACUGGCCAGGUGUGGCGCUACGACCCCAGGUUUCAGCACUGGGAGGUGCUUGCGCCGAUGAGUGAGAGGCGGGCAUGGUUCUCCUGCUGCAUGGUGAACAGGGUGAUACAUGUCAUCGGGGGGCGCAGCGGCAGAGGAGAAGAGGAGGUGGUACUGGACACGGUGGAGGCAUAUGACAUGCAGGCAGAUUGCUGGCGGAGGGCCAUGGACCUCCCACAGCCUAUACAUGGCCAGGCCUGCGCCACACAUGGGGGCACCAUCUACAUCUCAGGCGGAAUUCAUGGCAACCAUCAUGAGAGUAGCCGGGAAGUCUACAGCCUGGAGCCCUGUGGGAGCCAGUGGGAGAAACGGGCCCCUAUGUCCAUCGCCCGCUACAGCCACCAAAUGGCAGUGGUCAGAGACAGGAUCUACACCUUUCUAGGGAUAUAUGAGCCCUUCUGUGACAUCGAGUGCUACAACCCGGUGCAGGACGAGUGGACCCGCCUCCGGCCCCUGCUGAAUGACCGCUUCUGCUACGGCCUUACACUGCUGCCUCCGCCACACGAUGAGCAGGUGCUGCUGAUCGGAGGCCGGAAGUGGCGAGAUGCACAGGAAGUGUCCACACCCAAUGUGCUGGCAUACGACACUGAAAGUGAUAGCUGGAGGGAGGUGUGCAAGCUGCCCAAGCCACUAAGUGGGACACAGUGCACCCUGAUGCACAUCCCCGACCUCACUGAGACAUAG